AUGUCCAAGUCUCCUUGCAUAUGCUUUCUUUGUAGGAGUGUUAAAACCAAUGCCAGAUACACUUUUGCAAGGAUAUUUUUAAAUUCAUGCGGAUAUUUCCAAUCAAGAAAUGCACCAAUGCUCAAAAGGAAAUCAAAAAAGUGGCUUCUAGGGAGCCUCAGGGCUCUUUCAGUGAGGAGGAAACGUUUAAUGGAUCGGUCAUACGUAAGCAUACCCUCAUUUCAACGUAUCGUCUGUUUAUUUUUGGUUCAUUUUAAAAAGAGAAUUUGCACUCGGGAAGAGCCUUCGACUAAGGAAAACAUUAUCCUGAAAAUGCAAGGUGUAGGCUUGGACAAGAAGGAUAUGUUUGGGAAAUCUGAUCCCUACAUUAUCAUCCUCCGGCGGAAUGACCGUGGAAAGUGGGAGAGGUGCUACCAAAGUGAGGUUGUCAAGAAGACUCUUGCGCCAGACUGGAAGCCUCUCCUCAUAUCCCUGGAUAGGCUGUGUGAAGGCAACCUUGACAGGUCUCAUGCCCAGUUCAUUUUGAAAUUUGCUUCCGAUGUUUCGAUUGGGACGGAGCGAAUGGCGAAGGAGAUACAGUUGAUCCGGACAUUGAGUAAGUUAAGUUGUUGGAACGGUAAAAAGGGAAUUGGAUGCGCCUCUCUUCCCACCUCACAACCUUCUCAUCCACCCCCUCCUUCCCUCCUCCCCCUCUCCCCCAACAGUGACGUGAUCGGAGAGUUUAUUACGACAGCAAGGUGUCUGCUGACCUCUUCACAGGAAGGAAAAAACUUUGAGGUAAUACUUUUGUCCUUUUCAUCACAGAAGUUAAUAAAUCGGUCCAAAUUUCGGCGGAAAAAGGUGUACAAUAACUCAGGCAUUGUGAAUGUGAAAGUCAGCAUCUCUACAAACGCCUGCUCAUUCCUGGACUACAUUCUAAGCGGGACCAGCAUAAACGUUAUUGUGGGAAUAGACUUGUCCUCUCAAAUUCACCAAAGUCACAAUCCAAUGCUCUUCACUGAAGCCAUUUCCAUAGCAAAGUCGGCAGCUGUCAACAGCGAGUACAUCAUUGCUAUCCAAGCUGUUGUAGAAAUUCUCCAAGAAUAUGACAGCGAUGAACUUUUUCCCGCCUUCGGAUUCGGCACAAGAAUCGGCUCAGAUGGCCGAAAGUCCCACCUCGUCCCACUUACGGGCGAUCCGAGUAAUCCCAACUGCAAGGGAGUGGCCGGUGUGCUUGCAGCCUACAGUCGUGUGGUCAGUGAAACUUGUGGCUCAGCUCCGCCAAACUUUGCGCCCCUCAUCAAGCAUGUCAACGAAAUGGCUAGAGGCUCUCACGACAGUUCCAAAUACUACGUUCUUCUCAUCCUCACAACGGGAUUUGUAGACGACUGGGUGGAAACACAAAGGGCCGUGAUUGAGGCGUCGUUCCUUCCCAUUUCCAUCAUAUUCAUAGGCGUUGGAGGCGGCAAAUUCGAGGGUACUUUGAUUUUCUGUCAAUUCUUUUGGCCUCGUUUAUGCCAUGUUUAUGCCAUCGUAUCGGAGCAUCUUUCCUUUUCAGACCUGCAAGUACUAGAUCAAGAUUUUGCCUUAUUAAAAGUUGGACAAGAGGAAGCUUGUCGGGAUAACGUUCAGUUUGUGGAAAUGAGGCGGUUCCUUCGAUUGGCAGCAGACGGUUCGGAAGAAAUUCGAUGGAACAAAUUGGGACUUGCAAAGGAGGUCCUCGCAGAACUUCCAGCUCAGCUGAGUGACUUUUUCAUAAAACAACGCCUUCUCCCCUCAAACAAAGUCCCCUACCGCCCAGAGCGCACAGAACAGUUGGCCGAUUCAGCCUGGUAUCACGCCUACAUGCAACCCCUGCAUCAUCGACCUUCCUCCGCUUCCUUGUCCAACCAGAUAAGUCUUGCGCCUCGACAAAGACAAAAACUUCGGUUUCAGGAGGAUGUGCAGAAGUCAGAGGAAAAAGAGGAGCUGCAAAACACUGCCUCCAAAUCUCACCGCUCCUUAAUGAUGGGUAAAAUCGCUCCCGCGGAGGUGGCCGAAACUCCAUCUCGUCAAAUCCGAAAACUCGGUCGAAUGCGACGAGAGGUGUCGUUUGAGGACCCUUCAUAUCGGCGUCAUAUAGUUGGGAGUGGCAAUAGGCAGAUUACGUAUGAAUUGACCGAGUGCCCUGAGGAGGACACUUUGACGCGAAGUCGACAUCAAAGCUGGCGCAAAAAGUCGGACAGAACGAUUCCUGAUAGUUUAUCUCAAAGACAACCCAGUCAACAGCGGGAUGACAUGGUUCGCAGGAGACAGCCUCAUUUUUUUUAA